AUGGAAUUCGCUAAGGUUCAGGGGUAUAGAUCUUGGGCACUUGGAAGCUACCUUGUUUCGGCGCAGGUCGCCAAGAACGUCUGGACUGCUACACAUAAAAGUUCGCAAGCUGGAAAAGUCGUUAUCAAAACAGCGCCAGCGGAAAGUUUUGAAAAUGAGCGAAAUAUUCUUAAACAUUUCCAAGGUCGACCGUACAUCCGUCAGAUGUUAGACGAAACAAAAGGCCCCCCUGCAAUGGUCCUAAAGCGUCUUGAUAUUAACUUGCUAUCCGCAUCUACAUAG